AUGGCCGAAAGGCUUCAGAGAGAAGGCCUCCCGCAGCGUCUAACCCAGGAUGCAAACCCAACCCUCCACACUCCCCAUGCUGAUGCUACCGAGAAUAAAAUUAUGAAAGAGCUCAGCCUCGGGGGGAGGAUACUCAGACUGAACCACUGGAACCUAGACGAGCUCGCAGCGGUUCCUCCCGUGGAGAACCCGGACGAGGCUGAAAUCUAUCGUCAUCGAAGCUUAGAGCAAACCCGAAGCCAGCAGCAGGCCAGGAGGCAGAGCUUGGUAGCCGACCAAGAGGCAGGGGGGGCCGGUAUCCCCAAGACCGACGGGCCUUCGGAACUCGCCAUCACGGUGUAUACGCUGUCUUACCUUGUCUUCUUCGCCAUUAUGGGCACGCUCGCGAGAGUAGGCCUGGCGGCAUUGACCACAUACCCGGGCGCGCCGGCCAUCAGUGGCACGCUGUGGGCCAAUUUCGCGGGUAGCCUCAUCAUGGGGUUUCUCAUUGAGGAUCGGAUGCUUUUCAGCGUCGGUAGUCCAUCGCGAGUCGAUGGAAAGAAAACAGAUGACGCCAACGGCUCAAGCGGAGCCGAGAAUGCUGGCAGCUUGGAGGCGGCGAAGAAGAAGCACUUGGCUCUGAAGAAGACCAUUCCCCUUUACAUUGGGCUCGCCACCGGAUUCUGUGGCAGCUUCACGAGCUUUUCCUCGUUCAUCAAAGAUACGUUUCUCGCCAUCUCCAAUGACCUUGUCUCUCCCGACGUCAUGGGCUCGCCCACCCCUCGCAACGGCGGCUAUUCGUUCAUGGCCAUGCUGGCUGUGAUCAUUCUCACACUCUCGCUGUCCAUCUCCGCCCUAUUCAUCGGGGCACAUCUGGCUAUUGCUGUGGAGUCGGUAUUUUGUCGCCCUGUGAAUUUCCUCGCUUUGCAGCGCAUUGCGGAUCCUCUGGUUGUUGUGCUCGGAUGGGGUUCCUGGAUCGGUGCUGUUUUCCUCGCCAUCUUCCCUCCAUAUGAUAUAUGGCGAGGAGAGGUUCUGUUUUCUCUUAUUUUCGCGCCUCUAGGCUGCUUGGCCAGGUUCUAUCUCUCGCUGUACCUCAACGGGAAAAUCGCCUCAUUCCCACUGGGUACAUUCACUGCGAACAUCGCGGGCACCAUGGUGCUGGGGAUGGCGUGGGACAUCGCGCAUGUCCCCGUUGGCGGAGUCAUCGGGUGUCAAGUGCUGCAAGGAGUAGAGGAUGGCUUCUGCGGCUGCUUGACGACGAUAUCAACAUGGGUAUCCGAGCUCAGCAGUCUCAGGAAGCGACAUUCGUACAUAUACGGGACGACAAGCGUUGUCGUGGGUCUGGUGUCUAUGAUUGCUAUUAUGGGUGGUUUGAAAUGGAGCAAAGGAUUCAGCGGCUUGGUGUGCACACCAUGA